AUUUUGAAGCAGCCCGCUUUCACAGAUUUCACAGCUUUAAAACUAAAACAAAUCACUUUUUUUAUCCCCGCGGCUCACGAUUUGGCAAAUUCAUCGCGGCGGCACAUUUGAUCAACAUGCAGAACGGGAAUAAUCGAUUUUUACACAGGCAGAGAGUUGAACACAGACAGAUCGAUUUGUCGCUUCAGUCAGACACGAGCGACUGAGGGAGGACACGCACCGAAUCAUCGAGACCGGUCCGGACAAACAUUUGCACAGAGAUUUAUGUGACAUAUGCUCAUAUCGUUUGGUCAUCAGUGAUAUUAAAGAUAUUUUUUAUCAUGUGUGUAAUACGAGAAUGAGAGACGUGAGCUCGCGCGCAUCGGCCUGAUCGCGCGCCGGGCCGAAUUGAACUCUCUUAACCGUGAUUCAUCAGGAAUAAUAUUAUCGUUAUUAACUUUAUAUUGAUUAUCAUCGCUUUUAAGAGAAGAGAGGUUGACUGAGAUUCAGGGAGGUGGUGUGUGUGUUACAUUAAACACUGAGAUGGAUCCCAACACAGCGGCGGACUUCAAUGUGGAGAACGUGGAGAAGGCACUGCAUCAGCUCUAUUAUGAUCCCAAUAUUGAGAAUAAGAAUCUGGCUCAGAAGUGGCUCAUGCAGGCUCAAGUGUCUCCACAGGCCUGGCAGUUCUGUUGGGUUUUACUGAGACCAGAGAAGGUGCCAGAGAUCCAGUACUUCGGCGCCAGCGCUCUCCACACCAAGAUCUCGCGCUACUGGGGCGACAUCCCUGCUGAGCAGUACGACACGCUCAAAUCACAGCUGUUUUCUCAGAUCGCUCACUUCGCUUCGGGCUCUAAGAUCGUCCUGACCCGGCUGUGCGUGGCGUUGGCGUCUCUCGCCCUCAACAUGAUGCCCGAGGCGUGGCCGGGAGCUGUGUCCGAGAUGGUGCGCAUGUUCCAGGAAGAAGGUGGCGAGGUGGACGGGCGUGCCCGCUGUCUGGCGCUGCUGGAGCUUCUCACCGUCCUGCCGGAGGAGUUUCAGACCAGCCGUCUGCCACAGUACCGUAAAGGACAGGUGAGAGGCGCUCUGGGUCGAGAGUGGACGGCCGUUUAUCCUCUCCUGCAGCAGCUCUUACGACAGGCGGACUCGCCGGCGCUGGUCAAGGCUCGUGUGCUCAAGUGUCUGUCCAGCUGGGUUCUUCUGGACGUUCCUCUGAAUGAAAGCGAGGGAUUGGUGGAGGCCAGUUUCACAGCGCUGGCAGAUCCAGAACUGUUCGACGUGGCCGUGGAGGCCAUCGUCAACACCAUCUCACAGCCCGACUCACAGAGUCUCAAACAUCAGGAGGUGCUGAUCAAACAGAUUCAUAAGACGAGUCAGUGUAUGUGGUUAAUGCAGGCUUUAGGGUUUCUUUUGUCUGCGUUGCCCGUCGAGGACAUUUUGAAGAAUCUUCACUCUCUCAUCACUCCGUACAUCCAGCAGCUUGAGAAACUGGCAGAAGAGACGCCGAACCCCUCGAAUAAACUGGCCAUUAUUCACAUCCUGGGUCUGCUGUCCAAUCUCUUCACCACACUGGACAUCAGCAAACAGGAGGAGGAGUCAGGAGAGAACGCCCCGCCCAUUAAGUCAGCGCCGCCUCAGACCGGACCCAAUCCUGUGGUGGUGGUGCUCCAGCAGGUCUUCGCUUUAAUCCAGACUGUUCUCAGUAAAUGGCUGAAUGAUUCACAGGUGGUGGAGGCGGUGUGUGCUAUCUUUGAGAAGUCUGUGAAAACUCUCCUGCAUGAUUUUGCUCCGAUGGUUUCUCAGUUGAGUGAGAUGUUGGGUCAGAUGUACAGAACAAUACCUCAGGCGUCAGCUCUGGACUUGACCCGUCAGAUGGUUCAUAUAUUUGCCAGUGAAACGGAUCAUUUCCCACCAAUCAAAGCUCUGUUUGAACUGGUCACUUCUGUCACGCUCACCAUCUUCCAGCAAGGGCCCAGGGAUCAUCCUGAUAUUGUUGAUUCAUUUAUGCAGCUCCAAGCUCAGGCGCUCAAGCGGAAGCCUGAUUUAUAUUUAUCAGAGAGUCUUGAUGUGAAAGCCGUGUUCCACUGCGGAGUGCUGUCACUAAAGUUUCCUGAAGCUCCUACAGUUAAAUCCACCUGCCUCUUCUUUACGGAACUCAUACCGCGCUGUGCAGACGUUCCUCCCGUCGCUCGGCUCCUUCAUGAAGACGGUAAACUCCUGCUGUCGGCUGUACUGGAGGCGAUCGGCGGGCAGUCGUCUCGCUGCCUCAUGGAUCAGUUCGCUGAGAUUCUCUUCUGUCUGAACAAACAUUGCUUCGCUCUGUUGACGGUGUGGCUCAAAGAAGCUCUGAGAUCUCCGGGCUUUCCAUCCUCACGCGUGACGGAUGAACAGAAGGACACCUUCAGUCAGCAGGUGCUCAGGGAGCGAGUGAACAAGCGUCGUGUGAAGGACAUCGUGAAGGAGUUCACGCUGGUGUGUCGUGGACUUCACGGAACCGAGUACGCCGCAGACUACUGAGCGCAAACAGACUCUGAGGAAACCCAGAACUCCCAGAAUCCCGCAACACAACACGUGAAUGACACACUGUCAGAAGAACUGUGAUAGAAAGAAGCGUGUAGAGCUGCGGCGGGACGGGACCUUCCUCUAACUCUCUCCCUCUCCCUCUCUCUCUCUCUCUCUCUCUCUCUCUCUCUCUCUCUCACACUCUCACACUCUCACUGGAUUGUUUGGUGUUUUGAGGCCUGACGGGCGAUCUGAACAUCUUUCCUGCAUCUCACGGCAUGUUCGCUGUAACAGUUCUUUGAUUCUCUCACGUUCUAGAUCUUCCGUGGCUCUUGGGCUGUUUCCCGGUGAUCGUUUGCAUCUGUUUGAACGAAGAAAUAGUGUUAGUUGAAUGUGUUUUGGAUUUUGGAGAUACUGAAAUAAACAACACGUAUAUACACACACACACACAUAUAUAUAAAUAAAUAUAUAUAUAUCGACACACACUUGUAAUAACGUAGUGAAGUUUGUGUGCUGCUAACAGAGAGAGGGACCAGAAUAAAUCUUCUCUGCGGCUUUAUCCGUCUAACCCCUCCCUCACGCUCUAUUCUGCCCAAAUAUUGUGCUGGCUUACUAAAGCAGAUGAUGAGGAUUGUUUUUCAGAGAUCAGCCCGGCAGUAUAUCUCACAACAAAUGAGACGGAGAGAGAGAAAUACAACACACUACAAGUAGAAGUUUUGUGUUCACGCUUGUUUCUGUCUUCUCCAAACAGUGAAACUGAACGAGGACUGCUGUCCAAACAAUUCAACACAACACUCCGAAUGUUGAACCUUGCUGUAGCUGAAGAUCAAGUGCCAUUAGACUCAUCGUCACAUCUCGAACAAAUAAUCAGUCCAGACGUCUGUGUAGAGCGUAUAUAUAUCGAGUAUUCUUGAAGCGUGUGUCUCGUGGACUCGUCUCGGUUCUCUGAACUGACAGAAUUUUCACAUUGGAACGGUGUACCCCUGUCUUUCUGAUUGGUUGUGUGUUUAAUGACUUCUCGGUGCACCUAUCAUGACAUGAAACACGCGCACGUCUCUCUCUCGUUUAACCCUUCUGCUGCCUGCAGACAUGUAGCAUGUGUGUUGUGUUACAUGUGAGAUGGUGUGGAUCAGUGAACGAGGGCUGUUUCAUUGUGUUUGUAUAGUGAGAAUAAAGGGAGAGAUGGAGUCAAAUGUACAUUAGCUUUUCCUUUUUUCUACCUUGUUUUAAUUUAUUAAAUGCAUCCAAGAUGGCAA